CAAACUAUCACUGUAUUACUAGUAUUAGAUUGCGGUAGAAUCUACAGAUUGAAAGGUAGAUCCAGAUCGUUCGGUUUCUAAACUGCCGCCCGGAGUGGCUUAGUUCACUUUCGCCAUGCAGUGCUUCAGAUGUAUUCGUGCAAUACCAGCGCAAAACUGAGCAAUAGAUUUAGCUUCCUCUGAGUAGUCGCCGUUGGUAAAGACUGGUCGAAUAGUCGUGACUCGUCAUUCAACCACUUUUGAAACAGUAUCAUCGAUCAUUCCCAAACAUUGUCAAUUGGUCAAAUAGUAGCGGUGGUCCGUACCACGAACCUACCACCGACCUUCACGGUGGUUUUCACGGACGGAGGAAAAGACGACCCAAGAGCUACGUGGUUUUACCAACCAAACACAACUAAAGAAGUAAAGGCGUGAGUAUUCGUUGCGGAUCCAGGUAUCACCAUGGCAACCUCUGAUAGCGACAAUGGUGAUUGUCCUUAUUGUUCAUACUUGUCCAAGUUUGGUGUCGGUUCAGACUACGUGGACAGGAUGGACCCGCCAUGGACCAUGGCCGAACCGUGCAGACUAUGUCGUGUACAAAGGCUAUCACAGGCCACGUUGCUAGCAGCCAGACAACGACAGUCAACCGGUGUUCUUCAUGAGAGACAAAAUGUUGCCCACAGCAGGCCGAUGGAGAAUCCUCUACCAGAGCCCGUCAUGGCUACUAACUUUGAUACAGCGUUUGAUAGUUUUCAUCAGUUUAUGAGCUUUGCCAGCAAACAGUGUGGACGUUACCAUGGGAACAUGGUCAGCCAGGAGCAGAGUCAUGGUAACGAUGAAUGCAUGGGCAGAACACAGCAUGGAGAGAAUGUGCCUACCGCAGGAGGGGCGGGGCAGCGUGGUGAGGAGGUAACAACAGCGCAUGUACAUGUAGCAGGUCCUCGCAGUACUCGGCAAUCUCACCAACGUAGGGCACGGCCGGUUCGUACUGCUGAUCGUCCUGUCCCGGUGAUAAGUGAAGCUAAGACUGGUGAUGCUAGAACGUGUCUUGCAAUGCAUGACAAAGACGGUGCUGCCAGACAUCCACUAAGACAGCAUCACGCCGUUAAUCCACGAAGACCAGCAGGAUGGAAUCCACGACGACAAACCGGUAACCAAUCCCACCAACAUCAAAACUGCAGCCACUGUGGUCACUGUCCCGCAUCACCGUCACGAAGUACAACUACCCCUGCACCAGCACAAUCAUCUUCAGCUGCCCGUCAUCACUACGCCCAGUACCAUAGCCAACGACAAGGGAAUCCCCGUCACCAAGGCAACCCGUUGAAUGCGUGCGGCAGUGGUGGUGGUGUGCAGGUGCAAGUCGAACCAGGUACGUAUGCUGUCACGGCGGCAAGAUGGGGACAAGAGGGACGGCGUAAUGAUACACACAUUGUCAAUUUAGAAAAGGAACAAUGUGUCCAGCUUACCUUUGCCCUAUAGCAGCACCAGCGCUAGCACCAGCACAGUUUUCCGGCCGUAUUGCCAGUAUUUCAAACAGAAUAUUUCUGGUCUGCCGCUGCUAGUAUUCGAUAUGGACCAUAAUCUGGUCGUCAUUGCGAGUAUUUCUCACGGACUAUUUUCCACUUGCGUUGCUAGUACAUGUAUGUCAAGUUGAACGCAGACAUUGCACCCUCGACAUACAUACAGUUCUGUAUCUACCGUUGAACGCAGACAUUGCACCCUCGACAUACAUACAGUUCUGUAUCUACCGUUGAACGCAGACAUUGCACCCUCGACAUACAUACAGUUCUGUAUCUACCGUUGAACGCAGACAUUGCACCCUCGACAUACAUACAGUUCUGUAUCUACCGUUGAACGCAGACAUUCCACCCUCGACAUACAUACAGUUCUGUAUCUACCGUUGAACGCAGACAUUGCACCCUCGACAUACAUACAGUUCUGUAUCUACCGUUGAACGCAGACAUUGCACCCUCGACAUACAUACAGUUCUGUAUCUACCGUUGAACGCAGACAUUGCACCCUCGACAUACAUACAGUUCUGUAUCUACCGUUGAACGCAGACAUUCCACCCUCGACAUACAUACAGUUCUGUAUCUACCGUUGAACGCAGACAUUCCACCCUCGACAUACAUACAGUUCUGUAUCUACCGUUGAACGCAGACAUUGCACCCUCGACAUACAUACAGUUCUGUAUCUACCGUGCAGUUUUUCAGUAUAUUGUUUGCACGGAAGAGGUUUAUCAGCAGUCAGUUGUAACAUUACUAACACAAAACAUGCAUUGCUGCUGCUGCUGCUGCUCUGUCCUGUUGAGGUGCUAUUUUCCACCCCCUUCAUUCUGUGUCACGUCAUCGCGAUGCUCUGCAGUGACUGUGUAUGUAUCCGUACUCGUACACAUUUCAUUUCAAAAUUUGAUUAUUUUGUAAAAAUUACAAUACAUACAAUCAUGUACA